AUGGCUAAAUUAUGUUUCGCUUCACCGUCGAACAUUCAAGGAGAGAACAAAGUCAAAUGUGAUGUAUUUGCACAUGCGCAUGUAGUUAAAGGAAGCAAACAAACAUUAAGGAUGUAUAUUCACUGGUUACAAUGGAGAGGAACAAACGAAUUAAAAAUCCUUGUUAAUGAGAUCCGUGAAAUCUUUUCACUUGGUAGUGUAAUAUGCAUUGUGAAAAAUGUUCCUAUCAAUGAUGACAAUGUAUCCUAUCUUUCGAUUGCUAAAAGUUUUGGUGGUGAACUUCUUCGUGAUUUACGUAUGCCAUCCAGGGCCCUGGAAGCAGAUUCGGUGAUCUAUCGUGUUGAAGAAGAUCCAUUGAAUACCGAUGAAUAUGCUCUUUCGGCAACCAAUGCCCAUUUUCCGCUCCAUACUGACUGUGCACACUUUCUUUAUCCGGCUCAAGUGAUGAUGUUACUCUGUUGCCAACCAUCGAUGAAUAAUGAUGAUGGAAAAACUAUAUUGAUCGAUGUAGAUGAUAUUUUAACAAUGCUGACUAAAGAGCAAAUUUCUGACCUCGCCACGAAUCAGUUUCCUUGGUGGCAAGGAGCAAAUCAGCAAGUACGAGCACCUAUUUUGACCAAGACCGAUGAAGGUCGCUGGCAAAUUCGUUUUAAUCAGACUACAUUGAAGCGAGAAAUGGGUGACGAUGAAUUUGUGAAAGCAUCUGCUCUUCAAUCGCUCAUCCGUGUAUUGAAAAACAUCGAAGUCAAUCCAAAUAAUUCAAUUACUUUGGCUUCUGGUGACUUGCUAAUUGUACACAAUCAACACGUACUUCAUGGUCGCACAGCAUUUGCAUCGCAAAGUUCACGGCUUCUCAAAAGAAUUCGAAUACGUGUCCCCGAUUUAUGA